GCAGUGGGGAAGCUCUGGGGUGGGGGGUAGUGGUCGCGUAUCAAGUUGCUUUCUGUCCCGUAGAAAAACCUGGGCGCCCGGGGUUCAGGCUCCAGCUUGCUCCUCGGUGCCUCAGUUGGAGGAGAAAAGUUUGUGAAUUAGGCCUCCAAGUUUUGGGGGGCCCGGGUUUGCGGCGAGGGGUGAGAGAAAGCUCUUUGGAGAUUCCCCCAUGGAGUCCUCUCAGCCUGCAGAGGACCUCAGCCUGACUCAGCAGCCCCCCAUCCUAGAAUUUGGGGACCCUGAAGAUCCCAUCGAUGAGGCCCCAGAUGGCUCAGACACAGUGGUGCUCAGUCUCUUUCCCUGCACCCCAGAGCCUGGGAAUCCUGAACCGGAUGCUGGUGCCUCAUCACCUCAGGGCAGCUCCCUGAAGCACUCCACAACCCUCACCAACCGGCAGCGGGGAAAUGAGAUCUCAGCCCUGCCGGCCACCCUGGACUCCCUGUCCAUCCACCAGCUCGCAGCCCAGGGAGAGCUGAGCCAGCUGAAGGAGCAUCUGAGGAAAGCUUUGGGGAUAGUGGGCAGGGGUGCAGCCCAGUGGUACCAACCCUUCCUGCCAGGCGACAACCUCAUCAACAAACCGGACGAGCGUGGCUUCACCCCCCUCAUCUGGGCCUCUGCCUUUGGAGAAAUCGAGACCGUCCGCUUCUUGCUUGAGUGGGGUGCCGACCCCCACAUCCUGGCCAAGGAGCGGGAAAGUGCCCUGUCACUGGCCAGCACAGGUGGCUACACAGACAUUGUGGGGCUGCUGCUUGAGCGUGAUGUGGACAUCAACAUCUACGACUGGAAUGGAGGGACGCCACUGCUGUAUGCUGUGCGUGGGAACCACGUGAAGUGUGUAGAAGCCUUGCUGGCUCGAGGAGCUGAUCUCACCACUGAGGCUGACUCUGGCUACACCCCUAUGGACCUCGCCGUGGCUCUGGGAUACCGGAAAGUGCAACAGGUGAUUGAGAACCACAUCCUCAAACUCUUCCAAAGUAAUCUGGUGCCUGACGACCCCGAGUGAAGACCGUCACCUGUCCCCCAGGGACUCAGACACUCAGGGAACAAGAUGGUUGACCCAGAGUUGGGGGAACCCAGAACUGGCUUCAAAGGCAGCUCCUGGACAGAUGGUGGGAGAGGGUCCUUGCCAGAAGAAAUCAAUAAACCUGUGCAGAACUUGAAAGA